AUGUCGUCCGGGAACCCUUUUCGCACCUCCCAAGCCUUCCAUCAGCCCCCGUCCAUCCCGCAGGCUUCCUUCAUCAACACCGAUAUCAGCGUGCCCAAGGCUCGCAGGGGGGAGAGCGACUAUGUGCUCGAAAAUGCCGCCUCGCCGCCGCCAAAGACAAAGAAGUCCGUCCGCAUAGUAUCUCCGACUACGACCAUCUCACCGCAUCCGGACUUCGGCCAUGAAGAUGUGACGCUGAACGAGCUCAUGGCUAAGCGAUCGAGCCAAGGGCCACUCUCGAGCCCUCCGCCUCCCGUAACACCUGCCGGCUUUGCCAACAAUUCAAUCACCGCGAGCGAAGCGAAUGCGCAAGUCGUGGGGAAUGACGCCAUGGCUACAGCAGACAUACUGCCGAACUCGAGUUCAUUACACAAUCGGCCGCAGGCAGCUCUAUCUCCGGGUAGGGUGCCGCCAAACCCGUUUGCGAAAACACUGGCAUCUCUAGAAUCGCAAGAGAAGGAAGGCGCCACCGAAGAACGGAAGAGCGCCCAAAGGCCGUCACCAGGCAACAAUAGGGCAUCUCUAGAUGUGGAGAGCUUCAAGAAUCUGCUUCUGACUGGCAGACCGACUCGGCGUCCUUCCGGUUCGUCCGCGCAGCCUACGAGCGCAGGUGGCGCACAUUUGGAAAGUAGCAGCAGCACAGAUACCUCGUCGAUAUCGCGACAAUCAAUCUUUGAGCACCCCCAAGAGAUACAUGAUGAGUCUCCACAGACAUCAGUUGAUACGCUAGAAUCAGACGAGGACGAUCGUAUGGGGGUCGUGUCUGAAGCAAACAAGGGCAAAAAGAAGCCCCCGCCUACACCAAAGCAUCGCCAUGGCAAGCUCGUCACGCAAAGACAACCACAGAUAGUUUCGUUCGACAGUUUCACAGCUACUGAGCCUGCAUUUCCUCCAGUUAUUCGCAGAGCAGAUAGCUCAGACACAAGUAAGCCGCUUCCACCUGCGCCGGCUAUUCCGCAGUCGCCCCGUAUCAAUACGCAGGAAACUACUCCAAUCCAGUCACCUCCAAUACGGCCAACGCAGGGAGACUCACCUACGACAUCACAAGGUCAGACAAGGCCGAAAAAGACGCCUCCUCCUGUACCUUUGGCUCGGAGACAAAGUCAACUCAAGACGUCCACAACCGGAAGCAGAGCACGAAGCAGUUCCAAUCUCACAAUAUCCUCACAACACUCAGUCGACGGCCUACAGAGUCCGGUUCCAAGUAACUACGAUCACAGUCCAGGAGCAGGAGCCAGAUCACCACCUGCGCCACCACCCUCUCGUAGGGGAGCUCGAUUAGCAAACCUCGGUGACUCAAGUGCCAACUCCUCCAGCACCGAACUUCCCCAACGUGCAGCCUCCAUCCGCACACCAAGAUCUGUUCCAGAAACUAUUCCAUCACCUCGUCAAUCCACUCAAGAGUCUGAACCCCCCUCGCCUGCACCCAGCAUCCACCGCUCCUCCUCCAUCUCCUCGACGCGAAGAGCACCCCGCAAUGUUUCGGGUGGAAGCACAGGCAGCACAAUGCCACCCCCUCCGCCACCACGCCGCCGCCAAUCUAACCGCUCUAGCCUCGACCAACCACGCCCUUACGUCCCCUCUUCCUCAUCACCCACUGAGAGUCGGCGAACGAGCACAGAGUAUCGUCGUAGCAGCACAGAGAUCAGACGCACGAGCGUGGCUAGCGAUCGCCGCAGUUAUGCGACUGUGGAUGAAAAGGCGGAGAAUGAAUAUGCCCUAUACUCACCAAACGAGGAGAUUGAGAAGAGGCUGGGUAGUAGUGGUGAUGAAAAUGCUGGUGUGAAUAGUAGUGGUGGGGGAAAGGAAAGUAUGGGCAUAGAGGCGAGAAGCGAUUCCAGCAAUAUUCUUGAUGAUAUGGAGAAGUUUCAGAGAGAGAUUGAUGCGUUGAGGGUCAAGUUCAAGCAGGCCGGGUAG